CGCAUUAUAGCGUUUGAUAGUUUAGGCUCAGUUACCAUAUUAAAUGGGUGACAGGUUCCUCAAAAUAAGAUUCUACCGGUGGCUGCUAUUUCUCUUCAGCUUCAGUAAUUUGGAUAAAAUUUAGCUUUUUCAAUUUAAUUUUUCAUUACCAUUAAAGUAUUUAGGCCAUUUCAAUACGUUAUAUUCUAAUAAAAUGCUGCACUACAAAACUAUCCCCGAAGAUUACGUGAGGAGGACGGAACAAUGUGCGGCAGCGGCGCAGGCGGCGCUGGCGUGCAACCGCGCGGCGCACGUGACGGCGCUGCGCGGACACAAGCUGCCGCAGCUCGCCGCCCUGUCGCCGAAGGUGCGCGCGUUCGUGGAGCGCAGCGCGGCGCUGUGCGAGCCGGAGCACGUGCACGUGUGCGACGGCUCGGAGGCGGAGGCGGCGGCGCUGCUGCUGCUCAUGCGCCAGCAGGGCACCGUGCGCCCGCUGCCGCAGUAUGACAACUGCUGGCUGACGCGCACGGACCCGGCGGACGUGGCGCGCGUGGAGUCGCGCACGUUCAUCUGCAGCGAGCGCGAGCGCGACGUGGUGCCGGCCGCGCGCGCCGGCGCCCGCUCCGCGCUCGGCAACUACAUCGCGCCGCACGACUACGACGCCGCCGUGCAGGAGCGCUUCCCCGGCUGCAUGAAAGGUCGCACGAUGUACGUGAUCCCGUUCUCGAUGGGUCCGCUGGGGUCGCCGCUGUCGAAGAUCGGCGUGGAGGUGACGGACUCCGCCUACGUCGCCUACUCCAUGCGCGUCAUGACCAGGAUCGGGAGCAAGGUCCUGGAACAGCUGCGCAAGGACGAGCAGUUCGUGCGGUGUCUGCACUCUGUGGGCGUGGGCGGCGGCACGGCGGGCUGGCCCUGCGACCCCGCCCGCACCAUCAUACUCCACAGGCCCGCUGACAACGAAAUUGUCAGCUAUGGCAGCGGUUACGGCGGUAACAGUCUGCUGGGCAAGAAGUGUUUCGCGCUGCGGCUGGGCUCCGUCAUCGCGCGCCGGGAGGGCUGGCUGGCCGAGCAUAUGCUGAUCGUGGGCAUAACGGACCCCAAGGGUCGCAAACGCUACAUCGCGGCGGCGUUCCCGUCGGCGUGCGGCAAGACCAACCUGGCGAUGAUGACACCGAGCCUGCCGGGCUACAAGGUGGAGUGCGUGGGCGACGACAUCGCCUGGAUGAGGUUCGACGACGACGGCGUGCUGCGAGCCAUCAACCCCGAGAACGGCUUCUUCGGAGUCGCUCCAGGUACGUCGGAGGCGACGAACCCGAUAGCGAUGUCGACGGUGUUCCGCAAUACGGUGUUCACGAACGUGGCGGAGACGCCGGAGGGGGGCGUGUGGUGGGAGGGCAUGGGCCCCGCUCCGCCCGCGCUCACCGACUGGCGCGGCCAGGCCUGGACUCCCGACACCAAGACCCCCGCCGCCCAUCCCAACUCAAGGUUCUGCUCGCCGGCGGAGCAGUGCCCCAUCAUCGACGCGGAGUGGGAGAGCGCGGCGGGCGUGCCCAUCUCCGCCAUCCUGCUGGGCGGGCGGCGGCCGGCGGGUGUGCCGCUCGUGGUGGAGGCGCGCGACUGGGCGCACGGCGUCUUCAUGGGCGCCGCCAUGCGCUCCGAGGCCACCGCCGCUGCUGAGCAUGCGGGUAAGGUGGUGAUGCACGACCCGUUCGCCAUGCGACCGUUCUUCGGCUACAACUUCGGCGACUACCUGCAGCACUGGCUGUCGCUGCCGCGGCCCGGCCGGCAGAUGCCCAAGAUCUUCCACGUCAACUGGUUCAGGAAGGACCAACAGGGCAAGUUCCUCUGGCCGGGUUUCGGCGAGAACUCGCGCGUGCUGGAGUGGGUACUGCGGCGGUGCGACGACGAGCCGUGCCACGUGACCACGCCCCUCGGCCACGUGCCCGCGCCCGGCGCACUCAACACGGACGGGCUGGGAGACAUCGACAUGGACGAGCUCUUCAGCAUACCCAAAGACUUCUGGCUUAAAGAGACUGAAUGCAUAGAGAAGUAUUUCACGGAGGAGGUGGGAGAGGACAUGCCCAGUGAGAUGUGGAACCAGCUCAACACUCUCCGAGAGAACAUCAAGAAGGCCUAGACUUGCACCAAGACCUAAGUCACAACACACCGACCUACAUACGCUCUUGGUCUAAAAUAUAGGACCAAGACCAUUUUUUACAAGCCUAGGACGUAGGUUUUUAGUAGUUAGUCCAGUGUAACUCACUAUAAGAUCUGUUAUAAUACUCGUUAUUUCCAAAGCUGUAUUAUUUAUAUCAAGAAUUCGGUAUUGAAAUGACCGAACGAUCGAGAUUCACGACACAGAUAAAAUGAAUUGUAUUUAUUAAGUAUGUUAAGUUUAAGAAUAAUUUUUAUGAGUAAGGAUUUAUUUUUACGAGUGACGCCAUCUUGGAUUCGAGUUUUGAGUUGAUUCAAGCUUACAAAAUAAAUGAAAACCGAAAUUGUACCGCAGCGUAACUUCGUAUUGAAAUGGCAAAGGCUGUGUUCUAGAAUUAAAUAGUUUUAUAGCUAGUUGUAUAUACUCUAAAGUCUAAGUUAAGCUGACCAAUGUUACAAUAUAAUAAAUAUAUUUAUUCAAUGAAA